CAUCGUCUAAAUCGCAGAAAACAAUAAGGUUAAUUGGGCAAAGCUUCUCCACACACACACAAACGUCCGUGCAAUAAUGGUGACGGCUGCAUCCAUUGGAGUCUCAGUGAAGACGUUGUUUAUUGUAUUGUUUUGUGUGCUCACAGCUUCAUUUGCUCACUUGUUCAUCUUCGGUGACUACAUAUCUUGUUUUGAUAUACAUUCCAGGUGGCUCAUACUAAUAACGGCAGAUUUUACAUCAUUUGCUGUUGUUAUAGGGGCAUGGAUUUCUUACAAGGAAUCAAGUUGGAUUGUUGCGGUUGUUUUAGUGAGUACAAUGUAUCUAUUCGGAAGUCUCGUUAGCCUUGGAUAUAUCCUUACACAGUUCUACAAGUUGUCACAUGAAGAAUAUGUGAAAGAUCCAUUAUAUUUUGUGUUAGCAAGACGUCAAAAAAGGGAUGUAAGUGGAGGAAGUUCUGUUGUAGCUGCAAGGGUGAUCUUUUCAGUUUUAGGUUGCUUGGUGUUGGGAGUUUUGAUCUAUACACUUAUUCUUGAGUUAUCUCCAUCCUAUAUCAAAUAUUUCGCAUCGUGCUUCGUGACAACUGCCAUCGACAUGAAUAUCUACGUUGUGACUUUUUCGGUGUGGAUAGCAUAUAAGGAAUCAAGUUGGGCGAGUGCUUUGUUUUGGAUUGUUUUACUUGUAUGUUUCAGGGGUGUUGCUCUAUGCGCAUAUCUGGUGUUGGAAUUAUCUUACCUCUCACCGCAUCAACCUGCCUCCCUAAUAAUACUCAACGCCACAAACAGGGAAACUUCGGUGGUCCAACCUUCAAACUCCUUCAACUCGCUUUUGUGGAAUACUUGACCCAUUUUACGCUUUAAAUCACUUUGAGUUGUAACAUGUAUUAUUAUUAAAUCACUUUGAGUUGUAACAUGUAUUAUUAUUAAAACAUGAUAUACUUGACCCAUUUUAUGCUUUAAGUCACUUUGAGUUGAAACAUGUAUUAUUAUUAAAUUCACAAUCAUACAUAAAAUCGAUCUUAUGCAAACACUCAAUUCUUAAACAUGCUACUUGUGAUACUACUUGUUUAUACAUACUAGAAUUCUAUUAUGCACGCCAUCUAUCAUUAACUUUGCAAGCCUUCCUUAACAUGUAGCACACUGCCCCUUUUGUGGUCAUUGUUAAGUAUUCAAUCAAUACGGUCUUAUUCAUUUCGGUGAUAAGAUUACGCUAGUGAACACUUUGGUUUGAUUUAUAGUUGAUGCAUGCUAGUAUGUUCAUAUAACUUAGUGUACAAACAACAUGUGGAUUUGAGACAUUUUU